GGAAAAAAGAAAGCUAACGGGACAAUAUGGCUACACAAACGGCCCGCUAUUACGGCGAGGGAGGCAGAGCGACGAAGCGCCAGAAAACCGACAACGAGGGAGGAAUGGCGGCUGAGGGCUACGAUGACCCUCGUAAACCUCUCCCAUCCCUUGUGGUCCACAUAAGAGGGUUAGUGGAUGGAGUUUUGGAAGCAGACAUUGUUGAAGCGCUGCAGGAAUUUGGGACCAUCAGUUAUGUGGUGCUGAUGCCCAAAAAGCGCCAAGCCCUUGUUGAAUACGAGGACAUGAGCGGCUCUUCCAAUGCUGUAACGUAUGCCAACGACAACCAGAUCUACAUCGCUGGAAAUCCUGCUUACGUUAAUUACUCCACCAGUCAGAAGAUCUCCCGGCCCGGCGACUCUGACGACUCUCGCAGCGUUAAUAAUGUUUUAUUAUUGACAAUCAUGAACCCCAUUUAUCCCAUCACCACGGACGUGCUGUAUACCAUCUGCAACAAUUGCGGUCCUGUUCAAAGAAUUGUCAUCUUCAGGAAAAAUGGUGUCCAGGCCAUGGUAGAAUUUGAUUCGGUCCAGAGUGCACAGCGAGCCAAAGCCUCUCUCAACGGUGCCGAUAUAUAUUCAGGCUGCUGCACACUCAAGAUCGAGUAUGCCAAGCCAACACGCCUCAACGUAUUCAAGAACGACCAGGACACAUGGGACUACACCAAUCCAAACCUGGGCAGCCAAGGUGCAGACGCUGAUGGCGAUGAGGGCGAACAAGAUAUGAAUGGCCACUCCAACAAGCGCCAGAGGCAGCCGGCUCUGCUGGGACACCACCCUACAGAGUACGGUGGAUACGGGUACCAGGACGAGAGUUAUGGCGGUUAUGACGGACGCCGUGUGGGUCCAUCUAUGGGAGGCCCACGGAGGGGCGGGGCCAGUCAGCGCUACGGCGGCCAGUACGGAGCCCCACCUCCACCACCUCCAGGGGAAUACAGUGCUCAUGCAGAGUCACCAGUCAUGAUGGUCUAUGGUCUGGAGCCAUCCAAAAUAAAUGCAGACAGGGUGUUCAACAUCUUCUGCCUCUAUGGAAAUGUCGAGAGGGUGAAAUUCAUGAAAAGCAAACCAGGUGCUGCCAUGGUGGAAAUGGGAGACUGCUAUGCUGUAGACCGGGCCAUUUGUCACCUAAACAACUAUUUCCUGUUCAACCAGAAACUUAACGUCUGUGUGUCUAAGCAGCAGGCCAUCAUGCCUGGUCAGUCAUAUGAGCUAGAGGACAGCACCAGCAGCUUUAAAGACUUCCAUGGCAGUCGGAACAAUCGCUUUUCCUCCCCAGAACAGGCGGCCAAGAACCGCAUCCAGCAUCCGAGCAACGUCCUGCACUUCUUUAAUGCUGCCCCAGAAGCCUCGGUCGAAGUCUUCUCUGAGAUCUGUGAUGAACUUGGUUUGAAGAGUCCAUCUAGUAUAAAAUUGUUUGCAGCAAAAGGUGGUGCUUCAUCUGAGAGAAGCUCUUCAGGGCUUCUAGAGUGGGAAUCUGUUAAUGAUGCCAUGGAAGCCCUAGCCAUGAUGAACCAUUACCAAAUGAAGAACCCUAAUGGUCCGUACCCUUACACACUAAAGCUGUGCUUCUCCACUGCGCAGCACGCAAAUUGAAAACCGGCCAUCAUCACAAGCUCAGCACCGCCACAACUUCUUUGUUCAUCGUCCUACACGUGUGCAGUUAAUAUCGAAAGUCUUUCUAUUGAGUGAGCCACAGCGUGCGCUGAGAAUCAGCUUUUCAGAACCGUUAAAAUCUUGUUUUUAUAGAAGGGGAGAAAGGUGAAAUGCUUUUGUACCAGUGUUUUUUUUUUGGGUUAUUGUAUUAUUUUUUUUUUUUCAUUUUUCUUUUUAAUUGCUUUCCAUUAUUGACUGUUAGCUGUGUGCUCAGCGCCUCACUUUUCGAAGCGGCAGCCUGUAAAGGAAAGCCUGCAUUUUUCUCUGAUUGUAAAAUAAAAUUAGUGACGAUUA